AUGGGUUCAGUUGAGAAGAGUGAGGAAGAAUGGCGGGCCGUCCUUACUCCCGAGCAAUUUCAUAUACUCCGCCAGAAAGGCACAGAGCCUAGAGGCACCGGGCACUAUGACAAGUUCUACGAAGAAGGGGUCUACAACUGUGCCGGUUGCGGGAUGCCUCUCUACAAAUCGACGACUAAGUUCGACUCUGGCUGCGGUUGGCCCGCUUUCUUCGAAGGUCUACCCGGGGCCAUCACCCGAUCUCCGGAUCCUGAUGGCAGGAGGACUGAGAUCACUUGCACUGCUUGCGGUGGGCACUUGGGGCAUGUGUUUAAAGGUGAGGGGCAUUCGGUGCCCACUGAUGAGAGGCAUUGUGUUAAUAGUGUGUCCAUCAAGUUCGUACCAAAUUGA